AUGACCACCGGCGUCUUCCGCUACGUCGACCCGGCGACCCUCGCCGGCGACAACAGCAAGCCCUGGACCAAGGUCGACACGGACGUGACCUCCUUCAGCCGCACCGAGCGCCGGCGCUCCGUGACCAACAUCCGCGACGCGGGCGCCUCCACCUUCGGCACCGACGUCUCGGGCUUCGCCGUCUACCACGCGCCCGCCGCCGAGAAGGCCUUCACGGACGAGAAGGCCGUGCGCGAGGGCUACUACGCCGAGGUCGAGGCGCUGCUGCGCGCGAAGCUGCCGGGCGUGAAGAAGGUGGUCAUCUUCGACCACACGGUGCGCCGCCGCGAGAAGUCGAGCCCGCGCCAGCCGGUGCAGCAGGUGCACGUCGACCAGACGCCGCGCGCGGCCGAGGUGCGCGUGCGCCGGCACGUCGAGGACGCGGCGGAGGCCGAGGAGCUGCUGAAGGGGCGGUACCAGAUUAUUAAUGUGUGGCGGCCGAUCGGGCACCCGGCGACGGAUUUCCCGCUGGCGGUGAUUGAUUGGCGGACGACGGUGCCGGAGGACUUGGUUGCGGUGGACUUGUUGUAUCCGAAGAGGACGGAUGGGGAUGACGAUGAUCGCGGGAAGGAGGUUUUGCCGGAUGAGACGCUGGCGAAGUCGAUUGAGGGGUAUGAGGUUAAGGGCGAGACGUAUGCUAUUGCGCCGAAUGACAACCACAAGCUGUACUACAUGAAGGAUAUGACGCCCGACGAGGCCAUGUUCAUCAAGUGCUUCGACUCAAGGAGCCAGGGCCUGCCGGGAGGCAGACACGGCAUUGCGGGGUUGACGCCGCAUACUGCUUUUGAGGAUCCUGCGACGCCUGCUGAUGCCAAGGGCCGGCAGAGUAUUGAGGUCAGAUGUUUGGUAUUUUAUGACGAUUUGUCGCCGAGGGAGGGUGCCUUUAGAAAGUAA